AUGACUUCUGAUAUGGCACAGAGUUUGAGAUCAAGCAGGUCUUCAUUUGGUUCUGCUAAUGGAUUUGAAACCCCUUCACACAACUCAUUUGCCACGUCAAAUGGAGAUGAUUAUGAUUCAGAUAGUUCCAAUUUUGCCCCACCCACGCCCAACACCUUAUCGUCGGGAAUACCGCCCGAACUUGCCGGUGCUAUACCAUUGCUUGAUAAAUUCCAGGUGGAGGGUUUCCUGAGGGCCAUGCAGAAACAGAUUCACUAUGCUGGUAAACGUGGUUUCUUCUCUAAAAAGACAUCAGGAUCACAGACUCGAGAAAAAUUCACGUUUGAGGAUAUGUUGUGCUUCCAGAAGGACCCCAUCCCAACUUCGCUGCUGAAACUAAACAGUGAUCUUGUUAGCAGAGCAGUUAAGAUGUUCCAGAUUAUCUUGAAGUAUCUGGGAGUUGAUUCCUCUGAUCAAGCUUCUCCAACAAGUUUAGAUGAACGCACACAGCUUGUUAGCAAAUUAUACAAGCAUGCUAUGAAGCGUUCUGAACUGCGAGAUGAACUUUUUACACAAGUUUCAAAGCAGACAAGAAAUAAUCCCUAUAGGCAAUCUCUGAUGAAAGCUUGGGAACUAAUGUAUUUAUGCGCAUCCUGCAUGCCUCCUAGCAAGGAAAUUGGUGGCUAUUUGUCAGAGUAUGUACAUACUGUUGCACACAGUGUUAGUAGUGAUUCUGAGGUUCAAGUACUUGCAAUGAAUACAUUAAAUGCUUUGAAGCGUUCUGUUAAGGCUGGACCAAGGCAUAUAAUACCUGGACGUGAAGAGAUUGAAGCUCUUUUAAUGGGUAAAAAGCUUACAACUAUAGUAUUCUUCCUGGAUGAGACUUUUGAAGAGAUUACAUAUGACAUGACCACAACUGUAGCUGAUGCUAUUGAGGAACUCGCAGGAAUAAUCAACUUAUCAGCAUAUUCUAGCUUUAGUUUGUUUGAGUGUCGCAAGGCAUUUGCUGGUUCUAGAACACCAGAGCCUGGAAACGAGGAGCACAUUGGUUUAGAUGAUAAUAGGUAUAUUGGGGAUCUACUUGCGGACUUUAAGGCAUCAAAAGACCGGAGCAAAGGAGAGAUUCUGCAUUGUAAAUUGACUUUCAAAAAGAAGUUAUUUCGGGAAUCAGAUGAAGCUGUUACAGACCCAAUGUUUGUGCAGUUAUCCUACGUCCAAUUACAACAUGAUUAUGUGCAAGGCAAUUAUCCUGUUGGAAGGGAUGAUGCUGCACAACUAUCUGCUCUGCAGAUUUUAGUUGAGAUUGGAUACCUUGUUUCUCCUGAAUCAUGCACGGAUUGGACAUCUCUGCUAGAACGAUUUCUACCCAGACAAAUUGCUAUUACUCGAGCAAAGAGUGACUGGGAACUAGAUAUUCUCUCUCGUUACCGCUCAAUGGAAAAUUUGACAAAAGAUGAUGCUAGACACCAGUUUCUGCGAAUCUUGAGAACACUCCCUUAUGGGAACUCAGUUUUCUUUGCUGUUCGUAAAAUUGAUGAUCCCAUUGGUCUUUUGCCUGGAAAAAUAAUUCUAGGGAUUAAUAAGCGUGGAGUUCAUUUCUUUCGCCCAGUUCCAAAGGAGUAUCUACAUUCUGCAGAAUUGAGGGAUAUAAUGCAAUUUGGCAGCAGUAACUCUGCUGUAUUCUUUAAGAUGAGAGUUGCUGGCAUCUUGCACAUAUUUCAGUUUGAAACUAAGCAGGGAGAAGAAAUUUGUGUUGCCCUUCAAACUCAUAUAAAUGAUGUUAUGUUACGGCGCUACUCCAAAGCACGUGCUCUAGCCAAUGUUUCAACUAUUGGACAUCUUCCUGAUAAUGUUAGACCUCAUAACAUGGACAUCAAUGAGAAACGGGUUCAGGAGUUGUCUAAAUCUCUUGAAGAAUCAGAGAAAAAAUCUAGCCAAUUGCAAGAAGAUGUCCAUGAAAAGCAAAAACAGGAAAUUAAGAUGAAAGAAGAACUGGAGAAUUUGAAAGAGGAAUUCAGGUCUCAACAGCAAUAUUUAGAAGAAAUUAUAAAUGAACGCGAUAAACUGAGAUCAUUAUGUGAUGAAAAGGAUUCAGCACUUCAGGCUACAAUCUUGGAGAAACAAAACAUGGAAGUCAGGCUUCCUAAGGUAAGUAGUCAAGGAUUGAAAAACAAUAUCAGGAAGGAGCUGACAGAAGCAAAUAACCAGGUCUUACACAAGACUCAAGAUGAAUUGAAAGCACGCGAUGCAGAGUUGCAUGCUGUAGAAGAGUCAAGAAGGAAACUUUUAAGUGAAAAAAUAUCUCUUGCAGAAAGACUUACAAGGCUUGAAAGGAAAAAUGCUGAAGAGAUUGCGGUAAUCGAGGGAAGCUUCGAAAAGGAACGCAAGGCCUUGAAGCUUCGUAUUUCUGAACUUGAAAAGAAGUUGGAAGAGCUUACAAAAGAUUUGGUGAUUGCACAAUCAGCGAUUGGAGCUAAAGACAUUGAGUUGUCUUCCUUACAAACUAAUCUGAGGGAAUUGGAGGACCUGAGAGAAAUGAAGGAGGAUAUCGAUAGGAAAAAUGAGCAAACUGCUGCAAUCUUGAAGAUGCAAGGUGCUCAAUUGGCUGAGAUGGAGGCACUUUACAAGGAAGAGCAAGUUUUGAGGAAACGGUAUUUUAACAUCAUAGAAGACAUGAAAGGCAAAGUUCGAGUCUACUGUCGAUUGAGGCCUCUUAGUGGAAAAGAAAUCUCAGAGAAGGAAAGAUCUGUUCUAACAAAUGUUGACGAGUUCACAGUCGAGCAUAUGUGGAGAGAUGAUAAAGUAAAACAACACAUGUAUGAUCAUGUUUUCGAUGGGGAUGCCACUCAAGAGGACGUUUUUGAGGAUACAAAGUACUUGGUACAAUCUGCCGUUGAUGGAUACAAUGUCUGUAUAUUUGCAUAUGGACAAACUGGUUCAGGGAAGACAUUCACCAUUUAUGGAUCUGAGAGCAAUCCUGGGCUCACUCCACGCUCUAUUUCCGAACUUUUUAGAGUUUUGAAAAGAGAUAGUAAUAAGUUUUCCUUCACUUUGAAGGCAUAUAUGUUGGAGUUAUAUCAAGAUACACUUAUAGAUCUUCUACUACCAAAGCAUGCAAAGCGUUUGAAAUUGGAUAUCAAAAAAGAUUCAAAGGGCAUGGUUGCUGUGGAAAAUGUAACAGUUGUAUCCAUUUCAUCAUAUGACGAACUUAGAACUAUUAUCCAGAGAGGAUCUGAACAGCGUCAUACUACUGGGACUCUAAUGAAUGAGCAAAGUUCAAGAUCACAUCUUAUACUAUCAGUUGUUAUAGAGAGUACCAAUCUUCAAACUCAAUCUGUUGCUAGAGGAAAGUUAAGCUUUGUGGAUCUUGCUGGUUCUGAAAGAGUGAAAAAGUCUGGCUCUUCUGGCGGUCAGCUAAAGGAAGCUCAAAGCAUUAACAAAUCGCUUUCAGCUCUUGGGGAUGUAAUUGGUGCUUUGUCUUCUGGCAAUCAACACAUCCCCUACAGAAACCACAAAUUGACCAUGUUGAUGAGUGAUUCUCUCGGUGGCAAUGCUAAAACACUGAUGUUUGUCAACAUAUCUCCAGCUGAAUCAAAUUUGGAUGAGACAUACAACUCUUUAAUGUAUGCAUCAAGAGUAAGAUCAAUUGUGAAUGACCCGAAUAAAAAUGUAUCGUCUAAAGAAGUGGCUCGUUUGAAAAAGCUAGUGGCAUAUUGGAAGGAGCAGGCUGGGCAAAGGGGGGAUGAUGAAGAACUGGAAGAAAUCCAAGAAGAGCGAAUCAAGAAAGAGAAAACUGAUGGUGGUCGCUAUUCAUGA